UCAUGGAGUGACGUCAUUUUUUGAUAAAUUGAGAAAAAGCAUUAAGGGAAAUUGGUAAUAUUCAUUCAUGUUCAUCCUCCUUCCGUCACUCGUGUUUACGGGUACUUAACGUGGUGUGACACAAAAGCGCCUUCAAACUCACACUGUGCAGCCUGGAAGGUGAGAGAAUCGUUCCGGGAUUUCUUGUGCUGAGCGCCUCAGCACAGACAGCUUCAGUGGAUCUGCAACAAAAAGCGAUACAGCAAGUCGCGCCAGUGAUAGCCUACAUUUCAAAUCAACACAUCAUUAUUCAGUGGACGAUGGGAAGCGGUGGCAACACAUCGGACAUUCCGUACCAUAUCUCACAUUUGGCCAUGAUGAACAAUAGUGUUUUUUGUCGGAACUUCAGCGAUAACGUGAGUGUAGAGGCAAAAUGUGAGAGAACAGACAACCUAGCCAAAGACUCGACACCAGUGAUCAUCGCGAUUAUAAUCACGACUCUUUACUCUAUCGUGUGUGUGCUUGGUCUGGUGGGGAACGUACUCGUCAUGUAUGUCAUUAUCAGAUACACUAAAAUGAAAACCGCCACAAAUAUCUACAUCUUCAACCUGGCCUUGGCUGAUGCACUAGCCACCAGUACACUGCCCUUCCAGAGUGUCAACUUCCUGAUGGGGACUUGGCCGUUUGGAGACAUUCUGUGCAAGAUAGUGAUAUCCAUCGACUACUACAACAUGUUCACCAGUAUCUUCACAUUGACCACCAUGAGUAUUGACCGUUACAUUGCAGUGUGCCACCCCGUCAAGGCCUUAGACUUCCGCACGCCCCGUAACGCAAAGAUUGUCAACGUGUGCAACUGGAUCCUGUCCUCUGCCAUCGGUCUGCCUGUCAUGUUCACCGCCUUAACUACUGUAACUGAUAAUGGCAAGUAUGACAGAUUCAUCGACUGCACUUUGAUCUUCCCACACCCAUCCUGGUACUGGGAGAAUCUCCUGAAAAUCUGCGUCUUCAUCUUUGCCUUCAUCAUCCCGGUCCUCAUCAUUACCGUAUGCUACGGGCUAAUGAUCUUGCGCCUGAAGAGCGUGCGCAUGUUGUCCGGCUCCAAGGAGAAGGACCGCAACCUGCGGCGCAUCACCCGCAUGGUCCUGGUGGUGGUGGCCGUCUUCAUCAUCUGCUGGACGCCCAUCCACAUCUACGUCAUCAUCAAAGCCCUAAUCAAUAUCCCCAACUCCCUGUUGCAGUCCGUCACCUGGCACUUCUGCAUCGCUCUGGGCUACACAAACAGCUGCCUGAAUCCCGUCCUCUACGCCUUCCUGGACGAGAACUUCAAACGCUGCUUCCGCGAGUUCUGCAUCCCCUUGAGUCCCUCUGUGUUGGAGCUGCAGAAUUCUUCUCGUACCCGCCCCCACCAGCAGCACCAGCGCGAUCAGCACUCCAGCGCCAACAGGGUGGAGAGGUCCAAUCAACAGGUAUGACUAGGUAUGGAGAUGUUGUCUUUGGACUCACGCUACCAGCCUAAUGAUGACAUGAGCUCGGAAGUCACCCAGGUAACCACAGUGCUCUGACACAAAGCUCUGACACAUGAUGCGCCAAGAUACUGAAGUGCAACGUAUCACAACCAUCGAUCGUACUGUCGCCUCUUUCUGGAGAGGCUGACGAGUAUUUGAAUGCAGAAUGACACUCCGCAUAAAGCCUUCUGUCAGGUAGCAUUAUUAAAAUGUUGAACAUUAGGCAGAACACUGAAAUGAAGACACAUCAACUAUUAUGUACACAGUAUAUUUGUAGACUAGUAUAUUGAACAUACUGUAAUAGGAUAAUGUUCUGUGGUCAACAUCAUUCACAAUUAGAAACUCUUGAUUGAGAGCACUUAUUUCAAGACACUCAUUCAAGAAGAUUGUUAUUUAAGGGUCAAGUGGCGAUUCAAAAAAACAAGGCGGCCACCCCACCACUUGUUUUGGUAAACAGCUAAGAGAUGGGACUGGAGGAAUGUAACCACUGUCAAAUUGAUAGACAGAGCUAUGGAUGCAAGAACUGACCAUCCAUGAGAUCAAAAUGAUCUGUUUGUUUGUUUACAAUUACAUUAUUGUUUGCUUCCAGAGUCAAUGGCUUUAUAUUAUUAAUUUUAAAGUCAGAAAAUGGAUGUAGCCUACCAAUCUGCUUUACAUCUACUGUAUGUAUAGCAGCUUUUAUAUACUGUAUGUUCUGUACUAAAUUGUUAUUUAUUAUAUGUGUAUAUGAUGUGCAAGUGGUUUGGGAACUAUCAAAUUAAUCAUUUAUAUUGUAUUUCCUUGUCAAAUCGCCAGUUGGCAACCCAUCCCUUACUGGAUUUACUGACGCAUAAACAAACAUUACAAUGAUUCACAGUGAUUAUUCAGUGAUAAUUCUUCCAGUGUUCUGUGCAGUGUGCACUGCAUAAAGAAUGAAAAAUUAAUAAUAGUAAAUAAGGUUAUUCAAGCAAUAAUAAUAACAACCCUAGAGCUGUAAAAAAUAAUACAAAUUAAUUACAAAAGAAAUAAAGCAAAUGGCAUUUAAACCCGGUCUGGCACAAAGAGAAGAUUUAAAUCAAAUCUAAUUUUAUUUGUCACAUGCACCAAAUUCAACAGGUGUUUCACCUUACUGUGAAAUGCUUACUUACAAGCCCUUCUAUUGUGAGUGAUAUACACAAUCUAUAUACAUAUGUGCACUUUGAAUUUCAUUCUGUCACCCUUUUUUUUUUAUUCCAAGCUUUAUAAAACAAAAUCUGCAAACAGAAAUACACAACAGACAAAAAACUAUUUCAGUUUCUCUUCAUCGCUCAGCCACAUAAUGCCAGGGUAGAUCUGGUGGAAUUUCUGAAAGCGUAUAUCGUGGUAGAAAGGACAAUAGAGGAUAAAAUGAAUUGAGUUCUCUCUUCGACGUCACAAUAGUUACAUAGUGUUUCCGCUUCCAUUUAACCACAAACCGACCUGUUUCAAUACACAGAGACAAUAUCCCUUAUAUUACCUGUUUCAAUAUGCAGAGACAAUAUCACUGAUCUUACCUGUUUCAAUACGCAGAGACAAUAUCCCUGAUCUUACCUGU